GGGCGACAUCCUUGGGGUGGACCGGGUUUCAAAGGUGGACCCGCGCGCCUGAGCCUGAGCGUCGAGGCAGAGGCGGAUGGCGUGUGAGAGGCUGGAUGGAGCUCCACUCGCUCACCAUGCGGGGCGAGGACAGGAAGACUCGGUUGGAGGAGGCCGAAGACGCUUGUCCUUGGAAUUGACCCAUAGCACCAAUCACAAGCAACUCCUUCUUACCUUAGCCUUCCACCCCCGCAAUCUACCUAACGCAUUCUGCACUUCCUUCCUCUUCCUCUUCUACCCACUCAUCUUCCCACAUCCCGCAUAGCCAUCUCCCACCCUCUCACCCUCCCCUCCAGCCAUGCAGUCAUCCACCGACGUAGACGUCGUCAUCAUCGGCGCCGGACUCAGCGGAAUCAAUGCCGGGUACCGAGUGCAGACCGAGACCAACCUCGGAUAUGAGAUCCUCGAGGCGAGGAAUGACCUUGGUGGCACUUGGAGCAUGUUCCAGUACCCCGGUCUGCGAUCUGACUCGGACAUGUACACACUAGGCUUCCCCUUUAAGCCCUGGUCCGCCCUACAGUCCAUUGCCAAUGGCGAGGACAUCUACAACUACGUAAAGGAGACUGCAGAGGAGUUCUCCAUUGACAAGAAGAUUCGAUACAAUUCCGAGGUGCACUCCGCAGAGUGGUCCUCCUCGGAGCGACAGUGGACGCUGAACAUCAAGGACAAGCAAACAGGUCAGGCGCGAAAGCGUACUUGCAAGUUUGUCCUCUUCUGCAGUGGUUACUACGACUACCAGGGUGGAUACCAGCCCCAUAUCCCCGGAAUGGAGGACUACCAGGGCAAGUGGAUCCACCCUCAGGCUUGGCCAAAGGACUUUGACUACACUGGCAAAAAGGUCGUCGUGAUUGGAUCCGGAGCUACAGCCGUCACCCUCGUACCUUCGCUAGCCAAAUCGGCAGAGCAUGUGACGCUGCUGCAGCGCUCUCCUUCGUACUUUGUAGCUCUGCCAAACACAAAGUCCCGCAACCUCCUCAGCUACAUCCUCCCCACGACUGUAUUCCACGCCCUACUGCGCUUUGCCCUGGCCGUGCGAUCCUACGUAUUCUACUGGGCCUGCCAGGCCUUUCCCUCCAUCUCCCGCUAUAUCCUUCGUACCCUCACCAAGCGACUCCUCCCCGAUCACAUCUCCAUCGACCCUCACUUUUCACCCAACUACAACCCUUGGGACCAAAGAGUGUGCAUCGUCCCGGAUGGUGACAUGUUCAAGACGCUGCGCGAAGGCAAGGCCAGCAUCGCCACGGGCAAGAUCGACACGAUCACAAAGGAAGGAAUCAAGACCACGGAUGGCCAGGAGCUAAAGGCAGACGUAAUCGUCUGUGCCACUGGACUCAACCUCAAGCUCUUUGGUGGUGCCCAGCUAAUCGUAGAUGGAGAGAAGGUAGACACGGCCAAGAGGUUCGUCUUCCGUGGUCAGAUGCUCACUGGCGUGCCCAAUGCUUCCCUCUGCUUUGGAUACACCAACGCCUCCUGGACACUGGGAAGCGACGUGUGCGUACUGUACGCCACGAGGCUCAUGCGAAAGUGUCAGGAGCAAGGCAUCUCCCACGUCGUACCCCGCGCUCCCGAUCUGUCUGUAGAGGAUUCAGAACCCCUCUCUACGCUCCAAUCGGGUUACUUUGCAAGAGCCAUAGAUGUACUACCCCGUAGCGCUGGUAAAGGGACAGAGUGGAGCUUGAGGAGCAAUUGGUUCAAGGAUAUACUACAGGCGCGGUAUGGUGGACUGCUCCGUCACAUGGACGUCUACUAUUCGGAAAAGAAGAUCAAGAGCGCUUGAGAUGGCUCUAGAGUUGCCCCACUUACUCUUGGGACUGGACGUAGAUGCCCCCCUCCUCACUCACUCAUACGCGGCGGUGCCGUGUGAGAAGACAUACCAAAGACAUUACACACACACACACACACAGACAGAAAGACGGUAGAGCUGCUUUCUAUAUUCGCAAGUUGCUUCCCAUUCUCGCACUUUUGCUCCUUUUUUCGCGCUCCAGCGUAAUGACUCUCAAACCCAGUAAUGCUAAUGUUGCCACAUGCUUGAAUCAGUGUGCCGCCUUGCUAUCUAGAUGAUCCCUGCAUGAAAUGACCUCUGACUGUCCCUGAUCCCUACAAGCCCUACACAUCCAACCUUCGCAGACCUCUUCCCUAUCUCUACUCUAC